CGGAAUUUGAAGUUCCAAGAUUAUGAUGGCCAUUCAAAAUUCACUACCCAAGACAUGUCUCAUCAUCAGACAUCACUGCUUGACCACCACUGCCAUGCAAACACUAGCUGUUGACCUUCAACUUGACAGUUCCUCACCUCUAGUCAACCGUCAAAACGUACGCCAUCCAAACCUUCAAUGUUGGACGUCAUUUCAACUCUCAUGUCACUCCUCCUCGCCCAAAAACUCUCCCUCUCUGAUUUCAUGACAUCCUCGCCAUGACCGCCGCCCUCAUCGCCAAUCAGCCCAGUGUAACCCCAAACGUCCCUACUUUCCCCUCCUUGCAUAACAUCUGCGACAUUCCCGCCAAAAGCAGAAAGUCCCCAACCCAGAAACACGGUAACUUCCGAGUCAUGUCAUGUCAUCAUCAUCCCAAUGCCCCGCACCUAACCUACCACCUUCAACCUCACCCAACAAAACAAAAACACCGUGCUCUGACGGAUAUCAAAACCGUACAGUGCGCCACCUUAGCUAGCCUCAUGCAAUGCACCUGGUCGCGUGCCACUGUUGCCCCCCUAGGAACCGGGCCUCGAACGUUUGGGGCAGCUCAAAAGUAA